GCCGGCCACGUUGCGCCCGACGUUCUGAUACCGUGUCCAGUUCGUCAAGAUCUGAUUCAGUCUGAUAACUAACUAGGUCUUGGUUCGAUUCGUAAUCCACCACCGCUACGUGACUCCUCUUUCAGAUGACCCGCGGACCCGUGGUUGGGCCCGUGGUUUGUCGUUCUACUGCGGGGUCCCUUGGGGCAACCGGGCAGUUCUUGCCCCCCGCAAUUGGCAAAUGGCCAAUACGAUUAUCACUUGUUCUCGCAAAGCUUGAGUUUGUUCGUCCGCAAGGCUUAGUUAGGCGGAUUUCUAGUCGGCUUCUAGCGUCACUCUUCUGCUGGCUACUGCACUGCCUGAAGUGGCAGUGUGGAUAUUUAUCGGCCCCAGGCCAACUCCGUCCGGGCGUUGCUGCCAUGCUGUCUUAUUAUCUCCGAAUUCACGCCCACUGGGUCGAGUAUCUGCUGAUCUUGCAUAGCCAGGGUCCUUGAUCUUAUCGGGCGUCGGGGCCAUUCCUGUAAUUCACUGAUCCGACGUCAGUCGCCCCUCGGACAUUUGACUAUAAAGCUCCCUCCGGGGCCCCAGGACUUCUCCAGAAUUAUCUGACUUGAUCACAAAUCUAACACAUCAAAACACUACAACAUCUCCAUCUGGAUACUAUUCUUUGGUCUUCUGUGAACCGGCAACCAUGGGGUCAAUUGCGGACGAAAAGUCCAAGAGUGCACCCCUCAAGGAUGUCGCUAAUGGCGUUGAGGGAUUCGAAAAGGCCUCCAAGGAGAGUCCGAAGCGCCCACCUUCAUACAACCAGCCAGACGAGCCAGAUUUGGUGGUUCAAUUGCCUCAGCUCAAGCUCAAGGAUGAAGACGUGCCACUCAGUGAGAUAAACCAAACCGUCAGUCGCGACCAGGUCGUCGCCCAUCUCAAGUUCCUUGCCGUUCUGGCAGAUCUGCGGGACUUUGUCUCCAACAGUGACGGUCUUUUUGGUCUCUUUGACUCUGCCGCCAACGAGUACCCCGACUCGCUCAACGAAGCACGUGUUCGUAUACGCGAGAAACGCUGGGCUGUGUAUACGGCUCGCGCCGUUGAUCGUUAUCAGAAAUGGUGGUCGGCUUGCCUUCCAAUGUCCCGAUCGGUUGUAACCAUGCAAGACUUGAGCUCGUCUAGUUAUGAAACGAUCGUCGACUGCGAUACCAAAGUUCUGUGGAGUGUAGAAAAUAUGCCCCCAAUUGAUAUAUUGAUGGUAUGGCACUCCCAUAUGCUUAAUCCGAGAGAUUUUCUCGAAGACUGUAUCCGAUCUGGCAAGAUGAGCACUUGGAAAACGGGCUUCCCCUUUGCUACUGUGAAUGAUUGCAUCAAUGAUCGUACUUUGGAGUACACCGUGCCCGAGAAAACCAGAUUGCUAUUCCAGGAACGGCUCAAAUUAAAUUGGGACAACCUCCAUGAUCCACCCGGUAAGGAUCUCGAAUGUCCACGCUGCACCCAAAUCAACACUGUCCUUUGGACUGAAGGGGGCAUCGGUGAGUCGGCGAAGGAAGCCUUCAAGGAUUGCACUGGUUUCGCCGAUCGGUCAUUCGCAACUACCUGCAAGCACUGCAAAUGCCUUGUCAACCAUGAUCGCCUCAGAGUCGCCAAGUUCCGCAGCGAUCUGAUCGAGCUACUCAAUGACAAGGUGCCGAUGCCAGGGUCCAUCUACAGUAUCAACGGUAUUCCCGAGGGCCCUUCCAAAGGAAAAACUCUGCUACUCCACCAAUGCAUGCUUUUCCCAUCCCUGUUGAUGGAGGCAAUCGGGAGAGACUUGCUCGCUUUCACUGACCCCCGACUGGAUCGGUGCAGGGACAUCGAUGGCCUUCGUAAGGAGCUUGAAAUGAAGCUGCGCGACCGAAAGGUGGUAAGCAAAGCGCAUCGUGCCUUCCGAAAUAGCUCCAUCGUCCGACCUGGUGAGAAAGUGCACGUCCGCCGCAUGAUGUCGCACUACUGGGAGAAUUUCAGUCCCUUCGCGCUUGAUCUCGUCGGUGCGGUGAUCCGUCAGGGAACCUUUGUCCAGAAGAUGGACAACAUCGACUGGUUACACUCGCCCACGGUCAUGGAAACCGCAGACCGUCUCAUCAAAAAGUACACAGUCUUCUUCCAGAUUAUGUUUGACAACCCGUCGAAAAUGGCCGUUCCUACGUUGGACGUUGAUCUCGCCUGGCAUACGCACCAGCUCCAACCAAGACGAUACUACAAAUACAGCACGCGGGAAAGACCCUACGCAUUCCGCAUCUUCUUCGACCACGACGACAAGGUCGACGAGAACAAACUCUCGGAAGCCUUCGAGUGGACAAACAAAAUGUACCGCCGCGCCACAGAUGGCGCUAUCUACAGCGAAUGCACCUGCUGGUACUGUGAGGCUACCCGCGCACCGGAUCUAUACGAUCGCCUCUUCAACGUCGGCUCUGCCUCGCGAGCCCGCGAUAACGCAGACACCCUCCACGAUCGCGCGGAUAUAUCCUCCGAUCCGGACAAGAACCCGCAUAUAUCCGCACACAACGCCGUACGACCAUCGAGCCUUGCCGCCCAGGAUCCCCGUAUCGGCCAGCUCCAACGCAUCCGUCUGCAUCAGAACUAUGAGAAAUCUGUUCGGCGUGCUGAGAAGCGCGGCCGUGUCCGGUCUGAUGCUCAGAAGAGCAAGAAUGGCGGUUACGAGCCGUACUACUAUGCGCCAUAUGUAUGGGGUUAUCCCGUCGUGGUGCCUUACUAUGGUCCAUACAUGUGUGACCCGGGUAUUAGUUCGGGCUCUUAUGCUUGCAACCCGAGCUGUAUGAAUGUCAGUGCUGGGGCUGUAGGCAAUUGUUGCUCGGGUACGUGCGGUGGUGGUGUGGCAGCUGGUUCUUGCGGUGGUGCAGGUGCGGUUGGUUGUGCUGGUGGUUCUGGAGCUGCUUGUGGAGGUGGUGGUGGUGGUGGUGGAUGCGGAGGAGGAGGCGGCGGUGGUGGAGGUGGUUGUGGUGGUGGUGGAGGUGGUUAAAAAAACCCCUGAACCCCUGAUGGUUGAUUGUCUCCACGAUGGAUGCUUUUAUGACUAAAUACCCUUACUCGCUUUCCUUACGUUCUGUUGCAUUGAUUUUUUGCCCUUUUGCUCUGCCUUAGCUGUUUAUGGUUGCGAUAUGGUACUCGAUGUUAAUGAAUGAAUAUACAUCAUACAGGAUGGCCUACGAUGCUUCUUCAGAUUCUUAGUCAAUCAGAACUUAGAAGGGGUCAGUCUCUACAGCCUUUCCAAGGCAAACGAGCUGCGUAGCAAUGCAG